AUGAAUUGGGCACAGCCCCACACAAUACGGAAGUAAAUCGGCUCCAAAGCAAGCUAACUGAUCUCUUGUCGCCUCGUCUGCUUUUAUAAAUAGACGGCAAAGCAAGAGGGCUAUUCAUGAUUCAGUUAAAAAAAAUAAGAAAACAGGUCCCGGGUAACAUCUUUGCAACUGCUGGCAGUGCCUGCGUUCUAGAAUGGCCUUGGAAAAUCGAUCAUGCUUCUUCGCUUGACAGAGAAGAUAAAAUAUUCUUAGCUUGCUCAAGUCAAGUUGUAAGCAAAUCCGAACUGAACUCUUCCAAUGUUUGCACAGCCAACUUCCUAUCUCUGGGAUGGGGAGGAAAGAAGACGUCUUGUCUCAAUCAUAUCCAACUGCAGGAGGUGCAGCUAAACAAGGACAUUUCGCUCAUCUUAAUCCCCGUUGAGCUACUGCACAAGCAAAGACGGCUUUCAUGGUUAAGGAAGAAUGAAUUCUUGUCGGAUCGACCUCAGCCUUGUAGCAAAUCGAGGCCUGACAAUAAUUGCAAGCUUUACUGUCACGUAGUUCGUGAGAUUGGGCCGGGAGACACAUUUGAUCUUCAGUGUUAUUUGCUUAAGGUGGAUGAAAAUGGUUCUUACUACCUUCAAGUUCACGGCAAUAAAGCUGAAUUGAAAAGUUUAAAAGACUUUGAUCGCUAUGAAUACCCAGUAGGGUCGGUUAUCCUGAACGACACAAGCGAAGUUGUGGGAUUUUUGGCCUUUGGGGAAAAGGAUGAGAUUCUUCCUCUGUUCAUUCUCCCAGAAGAUCAGCAAGGUAAGUUGAUGGUCACUGUUAUCUUCAUUUCGGGGCCGUUUAACCUACCUUUAUUACCAGAUGACAUAAAUCUUCGACGACCGCCUCACUUAAUUGUAACAACGUUGACAAAAUUAUGCACGAGGGUGAACAGAGAGCAUAACAGUCACGUUGCGAAUUUUGCGGGAAAGUUUUUUGUUAAUAGGUUUUUACUUUUGCAGGUAAUGAGCACGUGCCUCAUGACAAGCUCACGGUGGAUCUACCUAAAGAUGUUGAUUCUACUGAAGUCACCGACGGAGGUACUGAAAAUGGGGAAAGGUUGGAGUUAGCUCAGAAAGAAGCCCAGAAAACUGCCAUUAAGAGCCAGGAGGACGACAUGUCAUCUGACAACAAUUUAAACACAAUUUGUGCCAUGGAAAAUGUUGCAAACAAUAGUCCCUCAGACUCCUCGAAUUCUAGUGAAGACAGCAAUAUAUUAGCUGAAGUUGAAGAAGAAGAAGAAGAAGAAGAAUACUUUAUUUAUCCACGGUUGUCUCAUCAGGCAUAUCUAUAAUAAUUAAUUAAAAUUUAAAAUUUAAAAUUACAAACAAUUUUAUAUAUUACUACUUUACUUAUUUACAAAUAUAAAAUAUAAAACCCUGCUUUCCACGAGAGCCGUGCAUUACUAAUCUAAAAACUAUAACUAAUUGUAGUAAAAUGACCCGACUACCGCAGCCCGGCUUUGAAGCUUUCUAGUGUUUUUGCUUGCCGUAACCCAGCUGGCAGACUAUUCCAAAGCACCGCACCAGUAUAGCUAAAGCUAUUUUUCAAGUAGUUUGUGCGGGGCUUUGGAAUAUUUAGUUUGCCCUCGGCGUCUCUCAGGGAGUAUACGGUGUCACGGUAUAUAAACAUGGAUCGCAUAUAUUCAGGAGCGAGUCCAUUUAAAGAUUUGUAAACCAUGACAGCCUUAUGAAAGCUUCUUUGUGACUCUAGUUUUUGCCAGCCAAGAAUUUCAAUAAGGGGAUCGGCACUAGCGUCAUAGCCAGAAAAGGUUAAAACCCUAGCUGCUCUGUUUUGAAGCUUUUGUAGCUUGACUGCCAGGGUGUUGCAACAGCUAUCCCAAACUUCACAGCAAUAGUUGAAAUGGGGCUGAACUAAACUAAACUAGCUGAACUAGCUGAAAGUUACAGAUCAACAGAACUUUGAAACUUGUCUACAAGACCAAGACAAAGAUCUCCUAACAAACACAGAAAUUCCGAGUGAUAUCAUGCGUCUUAUGAUUGAGAACCUAAGUAAGUUCUAGUAUUUGGCUAAAAUUGGUUGGCUCUAAACUUAUUCAGUUAUAUAUCAGCUAAAAAUGUUGUUCAUUGAAAGAUUAAAAUCAGUAUCAAUGAAUGCAUACAGAAGGUACUUGAGUUACGCCACGGGCUGAUGUUAAAGUGUCAUUCUUUUCUUUUGAGCAACAACAAGCCUUGACUAUUACUGACCUCAGCUAAUUUACCUCUCUAGCUUUAACUAAAGUAAAGACCAACUGCUUUACAAUCAGUCAGAGAGAUGAAGAGAAUAUAAUAACACCAAAUGCUUUUUUAAGGAUAUAUUUACAACCCGUUCCUUUCUCUUCUAUGAGAAAUCAAAUAGCAAGUAAUUAUAUGAAUUAUCAUACUUUGAAUUUUUUUUCAAAAUUGUUACAGAGUAUUAACAGUAUUUCAUUCUAUCUUUCAUAUCAAAUGUCCUGUGCAUAUGAACAUUAAUGGAUUUUUAACUUUGUAAAUAUGCAUGUCAAAACGUGCACAACACUUAUUAUUAUGAUUCUUAUGAUAAUCAUUAUUAUUAUUAUUAUUAUUAUUAUUAUUAUUAUUAUUAUUAUUAUUAUUAUUAUUAUUACUAUUACUAUUAUUAUGAAACAUAAAAAAUUUCUAAUUCCCAGUACUUAUAUGCUUGACAAAUUAUGUUAUGACAUGAAGUACAAAAUAAUGUCUAUACCAAGUCUGUACUUCACUUUUUGGAAAUCCUUGCACAAAAUAUCAUAGUUUACACAUGCCAUGCAAAUUAACUCAUCCUUUUUUUACCAGGACUUUCAGAUAGUAGACAAAGAAGCGGACCAAUAGAAAUGUCUUUUCCAUCACUAAACAGUGGUGGUCCAGGAAUACAAAUUGGUGGUGCUAAUAAUGAAGAAGAAUUUUGUCCAAUUUUACCUCCACCGCGUGGAAAUGAAAGACCUUCAUUACAAGGACCCAGGGAUUCUGCAGAAACAAACCCUGACACAGAUGACGCACGUGAGGCCAAUAAGCGGCCAGUUCAGAGAAGUCAGAGUGAACAAAAUGCAGAGAGUUUAUCACAGGCAAAGAAAAGUCUCUUCAAGGUUCACAGUGUAGUUGAAUAUCGUUCAUCAUCAGGUAAUUAUUCAAAAAAAUUUAGUUUGCCUGGUAACUUAAUCAACAUUAAAAAAAUACACCUUAAUUAACUAUUAAGCUAAAAAAUAUUAUCUUAAAAUAUGUCAAGUAUAAACAUACUUAAACUGUUCUAUGCAAAAUUAUGUAUUAUAUCAAAGGCAUAAAUUAAAGGAAGUGGUCAAAAUUAGUGUAGUUGAUGACCGCAUGAUGACCCACCUUGACUAGGGCUGGUAGGGCUGUGCACAAUCUCAACUGAUUCUUCAAAGUGCUUCACAAAUCAGUCUGCAAGAAUUCAAAAAUAGAAAAGAAAUAAAAGCAAAAGUAUUCUUACCACAAGGGACUACAUAAAGGUAUUAAAGUGCAUUUAAAAAGUUGUUUUUCUUGUAAAGAAAAACACCUUGAGAAGUAUAAAAGUAAUACUGGCAAGUGGCAACUGCAUGUAACUGUGGGGAUUUGUGUAGUACUGUGCAAUGCAUGAUAAGGUCAUAAUAUACUACCCAGUUAAUGACAUAUUAAUAAUUUUAGUGAAGGGCUAAUGUUUUCACGUAAAUAACUAACCUUUCUAUAGGCGAAUCUUCACUGAUGUCAUUAAUUUUAUUGUCUACAUUUUUUGCUCAUUAGCAUAUGAGUUAACCCAUCAUAAACAGAAGGCAUCACUGUAUGCACAAAUUAAAUUCAAGAGUUGAUAGAGAUGGUUAACUUAAGCAAUUUGUGCAAUUUUCAGUUCUAACAGCAAUAACACAGGAAAUAGCAGCCACGGAAAACUAAAAAUGGUUGGGACUGGCAAAAACGUUAAUAAGGGUGGGCAUAAAUUCUAUGCAGAGUUUCAAGUUUUUUUGAAAAAAUAAUUUCUCCAAAAGUUUUUGUUAUUAAUCGGGGCUCAAAUUUUCACAGAUACAGUCAAACAGCCCCUUUAUAGACACCCACUAAUUAAAAUUAUUAUAAUACGGUCACUUCAUUACUAAGGACAGGUGGUUUUGUCCCUAUGGAAAGACAGCCCCUAUGUUGCCUGUAAAUUCAACCCACUUAAUACAGACACUCUCUAUGGCCCCUUCAGUGUCCAUAUCAAUGGUGUUUGACUGAAACUGUGGGUUGUUAUGCUCUUUUAUUAUACAUCAGACUCACUAUGAAAAAUCUGAUUGGUCGAGAGCAUUCAAUCAAUUCACAAUAGCUUGUGAACUUGACAUGAUUUAUAAAUGCAAUAUCUGCUGCAGAUAUUGCAUUUAUCAUGUCAAGUUCAGAAACAGAAUGGCUGAACGCUUUGCUUCUGUUUCUGAGGAUGAAUUAUGUCGAUUAAUAAGGAUUUUUCUAUUUUAAUGUAUACUUUAUUCAGACAAAGGUUUUAUUAUUGUAUUUUAAAAUUUUUAAAUGAUCUUGGUUAAGCUUAUCAGUGUCACUUUCACCUUAGUUUUGAAAUAAAGCCAUUUCUCAACAGAUGAAUGUCUUCUUUUGCCUAUUGUUCAAAAAAUGUAUAAUACGUGACACUACCUCGUGUCUGUAUUAUCUGCCUCAGCCUUCGGCUUCGGCAGAUAACACAGACCUCGGUUUUGAUAAUUCAUGAUAUCAUGCUCAACCUCAUCCAAUAAUUGUUUAUUGAUAUUCAGACAGUUUAUUUUAAUAGCUUGAUCAGAGAAUGAAAAGCAUAUGCUAAUGAGGCAAACACUGUAAACAAUGAUUUGCUUCUAGCUGACCACAAACUCUCAUGCUCUGCUAAAAUGCUCACAAUAUAUAAAUAACCAAAGCUUAAAAGAUAUAUGACCUGUCUUACCUCAUUUUGGGCUACUAUUAAGUGACCAUGACUAGAAAUAUAUAUUUACUACUGUAUCAUUUCAGGACCACUAGUUGAAAGUGUUAUACUGGGCAAUGUGUACGUAAUGGAUAUACUUAAAAGACGUUUGGACACAAGUUAUUACAAGAAUGUUCAAAAUUGGCAACACUUGGCCCACCGUCAGAACGUCCCAACAGAUAUGAUCAUGAAGCUGACAGGCCAGUCUCCAGCAAGCCGAUCUGAGUCACUGUUUGAGUUGCUAGAAACAAGAAAUCCUGAUCUCACCAUUGGAACUCUGAAGUUUCACCUCAAUUGUCUAAAAAAUAUGGGAAAUGUUGCAAAAUGCAUAAGUGAUCUUGAAGGUAUCUAAAAUGCAGUGCCAGCUUUAAAGUAAAAAACAAAAUAGGAAGAUAUUAUGCUAGGUCAUCUCACUAAGUCCUGGUUCAAGCUUACCCCUAUUCAAACCCCUCAGCUCUACUACAUGCACAUACCCCGUAGCCAACUGAGCAAGAAGACACCUGCAUGACUGAAAAUUAUUAGCAAAGUAUAAGCCAUGCACUCUUAGCAGUGCUGGAUCUAGACCUUGAGAUAAGAGGGGGGGGGACGGUCAUCCAGACCCUUAGAUAAGGGGGGGCGGUCUCCAAAAAAAAUUUUAUCGGCCCUUCGGGCUUCAGUUUGGUCUGAAAAUAAGGGGGAGCCCGGGCCCCUUCCCUGGAUCCGCCACUGCUUAGGACCUUUCUCUGUCAUCAAUCCAGUUAGGGGGUGGGGGAGGGGUGAUUUUGGGAGGAUGUUGCUCAGUAAUUCUCACUCAUAAAAUACAUACCACUUUCCACCAUUUUUUUUCCCUGAAAUCUAAUACGUAGCUUAGCUUUCUUUUUCCAAAGAAAGGCAAGGGGAUUUAGUAGUGUACGUACUGCUGUACUUGUACCUAAAAAAACCUCACCCAUUUACAGCAAAAUAGUCAGAUCUUACAUUAACCUUAAGCUCCCUUCUAAAACAAGAUUUACUACAUGGUUAUUUAUUUAGCCAUGACCAAGUUUAUGCUAAUUGUUUCAAGGGAAAAUUCAGUGAUCUACUUGUUAUGCCAGACUUAUGGUCCUUACACAAGUCAAGUCCAUUCAAUUAUUAAAUCUCUUGGUGUAACAAAAAAAGAUAGGCAAAACCCACAUAGCCACAAUGUGGUAAAAAAUGCUGCAGUUAUUGUAGCUAUUUUAAAAUAAAUUAGACUCUGUAUACAUUCUGCAGCUGGAAAACCACUCAUAAUACUUCCACACUUAACAAAGGCGAAACAUUGUCAAAUUUCCAUCUCGCCAAAUAGAUUUCACCCCUAGAACCUUACUUUGAGAGGCCAAAGACUUGUUACUGCCAACAACAAAGCUUGCAAUAUCCAAUCUUUCCGUCUCAAGCCCGGGAUCAGUCUUUUACCUGUGUAGCCCGAGAUGAGACGAAAUACCAGAAGAUAUUGGAUGCAGCAGACUUUGCCAGACGUGAGAAUUGUUCCUUCAUAAGGUUUAAUGAUGCCUUCCGGAAAACUUUGCUCAAGCCAGCCCCAAAAAAACUCUAAGACAACCCACUAUGAGAGCCAAGUUCAGUCUAAUGACCGCGCUGAUUUCAAACUUACAUACAGAGAAAAUUGUGGGAAGUUAUGAAAAACUAUUUUGUUUUUUUGGGGGGGCGGGAGGAACGGUUGAUUGGUUACAGUCAAACCAGGUCAAGCGUUCCCGUCGCUAACAAACUAAUGAAUUCAUUAAUGGAAAAAUGAUUUCGUUUGCUGAUUCAAUAAUCCAUUCAUAAAAUGAAUAAUCCAACAGUCAAAUUGUACCUCGAUGCAAUAAUCAAAUGUUGAUUUGGUUUAUGAACAAAAUCUACCUGUUCUUUAUUCUUUUCUGUUGUGUUCAAUCGUAUUUGCUUCCCUCUUCCUGCCGUUUACGAUUGCGUUUUUCAUUGCCUUUAAUCAAAAUAACAGCUAGAAUAGACAGACCGCAAAGGCAAAGAAACUGACAAAGGCCGAGGAUCGAAAUCCACCAAUCACCGCACAUACACUGACCUCAGUUUGACCGUCGUGUUUUCUAAGAGGUCAGGCCCAGGUCUGUUGCACUGAUUACUGGCAGCAAACUGGCGUAACAGUUUGUUUGGGUUUGAACUUCAGAACUCGCCAGCACUCGAUUCUCAGAAAAAAAAAGAGGAAAAAACAAAAUUCUGAGGUCAACUUGUGGAAAGUGUAAUUUUUCAAAAAACAGUAAUCGAAUCAACAUUCGAUUAUGGAAUCGAGGCUAAAUAUGACUGUUGGAUUGUUCAUUUUAUGAAUGGAUUAUUGAAUCAACAAACGAAAUCAUUUUUCCGUGAAUGAAUUCAUUAGUUCGUUAGCGACGGGAACGCUUGAUCUGGUUUGACUGUAAUAACCAGUGAGAAACUCAUCAAAAUCUAUCUACUCAGCCUAUUCAGUAAAUAUUUGGUACAAAUUAAAUAAAUAAGGAGUAGUUGCAAAAAAAAAAAAAAACACGCACACACACACACACUCCACUACAAGACCCAGUCAGAAGGUAUAUAAGAGAGAUUUCUAUAGCCAUGUUUUUGCAAACCCAGUCAGAUAUAUAAAAACUCAGUUUAUGAAGCUCAACUGUUUUAUAUAUCUGUAAAAGUAAUGGUCUUUCACCUAAGUAUUUGUCUUCUGUAUAAUGCACUGCACUACUAUUACCUCAUAACUACAUACAACUCUGAGAACAAGCUAGCUCUUUCCUUGCCAUGCAUGUAUCAACUACUAUAAAUAAAAUAGUUUACAUCAGCUGUGUGCAGUUCUCUGGAAUGGUCUGUCUACUGCUAUCAGGCAAGCAAAAUCGCUGGAAAACGUCUGACAACAGAAAAAAAAAAUCAUUAUGGUGAAUAUUGUAUAUUUGUAAAAUUGCUAAUUUUUUUUUUUCCAAUAACAAUAAAUAUUAGGAUUUGAAGUUUUAACUCUUAGGCUGAUGUUUUACUAUGGAUUAAUAAUAAAGAUGAUGAUAAUAAUGCACUCAUCAAAAAAUAGUUCAAAAACUACGUUACAACCUUAAUUGGGGUGAAACAACCCCCUUAACCUUCCUUAUCAAAAUCAUAAAUCUGAUAGCUGCCAUAGGGUGGCAUAAGAGGGAAAAUUAUUUUAUAACAUAUUUUUUCUUGUUGCUUUCUUUAGAUCACAAGAAAAUUGAUGAGGCACUGCAAAAAGCAAUGCUUCCAGGGAAGUUUUUCAUCCUCCUGGAUCACAAACAAGAUGAACAUUGGAAAAAUUUAGGCCUCAGUCUUGGCAUUGAUCAUAAAGACCUUACAGGGAUAAUGACUAGCUGUGCAGCUCAACACAAAAAUCCUGCCCAAGAACUGAUACACUAUCUAUGUGCAAAAGACCCAAAUAUGCCCAUCACUGAGUUCAAGAAGUUCUUUGACUGUACUGAUACUGGUAUAUAUAGGAUGGACAUAAUAAAGAAACCGGACAGCCAACCAGGUAUUUAUACCAUUCAUAUGUGUCAUAAGGUCAUAAAAACAGCGACCUUGUCCCAGGUGAGGGGGCAACCUAUGAAUCUUUUGUGUAGGCGUGCACUGCAAAGAUCGUGGAACCCUAACUAUACCAGACACUGGGUAAAGGCAGUCAUGCUGCCAGCACUGAAUUCUGGCUUUACGUAUGGUGUGGUCUCAUUCACUCAGAAACCCUUCCAGUCCUUCCAGCUAAUCCAGCAAGGCCAACCACAUGCUGGUAAAGUCAGACCACUCUUAUUCUUUAUGAACAGUGGGUGGGUUCUUCAAUGUCCCACAGAAUAGGUUUUUUGAACAUGGCCUGUAGUUCAGCAGCCUUUUCUGAGUAGAGUAGAACAUCUGAACAUUUGCAGAUGUCAUAACAAGGCAGCACUUUCUCUGAAGUUGUUUAAAGAACCUGGUGUUGGUCAGGCAGCCAUUUUACAUGAUGGCCUCCCACAUAGCAGACCACUGCUUAUCCAGUUGAGCUCACUAGGUAGCAUGAAGAUGCAGGUGUUGCAUGUUUAGGUAGUGUAGUUACUAAAACAAGGAAUGACCUACAGUGUACAAUGACCUACAAUGACCUACAAUAAGCUACAGUGACCUACAAUAUGACUAAAUUAAUGUGGGGACCUUAAAAUAAGGUGACAGCCCCUGCAAUGAGCAAAAAUGAAGGUAAGAUAAAGACAGAAAAAGAUCAGGAGGACAAGUUUGUCAAGUAGCGGUAUUAGAUGUGUGUUUUUAACGUUAUGGUUAGCCCUGGGACUCAUCUUGUGAAAAAUCAUGAGUCCAAGUCCAGAACCAAUGAGGAUCAGUUCAUAAAAAAGGAGUCCUAAGUUGAAAAUGCUUGGGCCUAAAGUUAUGUAACUAUAAGACAGUUAAUCUGCAUGGAAAACAAACUCCAAAACUCUUUUUACAGUUUACUGAAAUAAAAACAUAGUCCUUCUAUAUAUUUAAAGCACAAAAAAAGACUAAAAUAAAUAAGCAUCUUUAAAAAACAGUCACAGAAAUCACACAAACAAGAUAUUCCACCAAAAAAUCUUCAAAUUGAUUGAUCAUUCUCUGCAUCCUACAAGACGCAUGUCGUGAAUUAACUUUUGUCCUUGGGGAUUUUUAUGCAUCAGGGAUGCAGGACGCAGAGGUAACAAAAUCACUGCACUUUUUGUCUACUGCAUGACAGCCCAAAUGGUGACAGCAACUCUGAGAUUACUGCGCUUGUGGAUAAAAUUAAUUUAAUAAUAAAUUAAAUGAUGAUGUUAAAACUAAUCUGAAAAUUUCCUCAGUAACAUGGUUUUGAGCACUGAGAAUAGAAUUUGCACUGCAAAGAUAAUGCAUAUUAAGUAAUAAGUUAUACGCUCCUUCUUUCUCCAUGAAGUGUAAUAAUAUUGCCACUCGACCCUAACCGUGUAUAACUCCUUUAGUGUUGUUGAUCAAGUUAGUGAAGAGAUUUAGGCUCUAACAAUAUAUGUUAGCCGUAGAGUCUUCAUAAGAACUGUCUUAAAUAGCAAGACCGGUUUUGGAAAUCUAAGAUGGUUUCCUUCGUCAGUUGCUUUAACAGUUAGUAGCUCAUGGGGCUGCGAGCAAAAUAAAGUGACUUUGUGGCUGGAGAAGGUCCCUUUUUAAAGGCAAAGAAGGGACACAUUGUUAGAGAAAGUAACCAAUUAGAAGUGUAGUGUUUUGAUCUGUUACGCCUGAAUUUGCCUGUUCUUUUGUUAGCGGUAAGCAACAGACGCUAACUGAAUGCAUGCAAAUCUAUUAUACAGGGUAAUGUUACAUAUAAACGUUAUUACAAUAAUAAAUUAUUUUGAAAAACCUGCCAUUUCGUAAGUUACCUGAGAUCGGGUCCUAUUUUUGUUUAGCCUUAUUCGCAGACAUAGUUUAACCUCAGUUAGUAACGUCUGCAAAGUAGACUCUACAAAUUACUGGAAAUGAGUUUCAAAUUUCCUUUCAAUCUAAUUGGCAAAUCUACAAUGGCUUUUUUAACAGGCCAAUUGUGGCACUUACUCAAAUCCUGGUACACAGGUGGAGGCCUAAAACAAGGAUUUCAGUGCUGUUUCACAGAUGGACUUAACCAGAGUUUAGAUUCAUCUGUGACGCAGGCUUAUUUGAAGAGGGGUUGGCAAGUUUCGUCUAAACUUAUGAGCCCAGUGUCAUGUCCAAGCGUGAUGUUUGUGUUGCGUUUAGGGAAACAAUCUGGCCCUGCAUGACACGCAUCAUUAAUGUUAAGUUAAUAAUAAUAAUAAUAAUAAUAAUAAUAAUAAUAAUAAAGGAUAAACGAUCAUUGUCUGUAAUUUUUGCAGCUCUUGGUAGGAAAUCGUAGUUGUAGCUUAUUGUAGCUUAUUGUAGCUCACUGUCGGUCAUUGCAGCUAAUUGUAGAUCAUUGUAGGUCAUUGCAGUGUAGCUCAUUCCGAUCCUUGUUUGGCAUUUUAAGAAUCAAGACUCAUCCUGUCAGCUAUUGUUGAAAACAGCAUUACUUCUGAAACUGAAUGAGGACAGAAAAAGUAAAACAAAAGAAGAAGAAUUGGACAUUUCAAUCCUUAACCGCUCCCCGAGGGUGGAAUAUUGACUCAAGAACUUCCAACAAACCCAUCAUGUCUAACUGCAGAUUUUAGACUAGACUAUUUGUAUGCGCAUAUGAAGAUAUUUUACUUACUUUAAUUUACUUGAUUGAUCUAUUGUUUGUUUGUUGAUUUACAUUCGGAAAUAAGUUACUACAGCUCUUGCGCGCGAACUGCAUAUUCUAAAUCCGAGUUAAAAUAAAGUUUCGAACAUUUUACAAAACGGUUAACUUCCAAAAGCCAGGAAAUGCGAACCAAAGUCAGCAUAGACCUGUUGAAGUUAAAAUGCAGGGUUACAAGUUACAAAAUCCGUUGUGUAGGUCUUACUUGUGCAUCCGCCAAGGUCACAUAUUCCCCCAAAAUGACGGUCAAGGGCCACAAUGCCUGAGGCAACCGACAGAACCGCCAACACAACCGCAAGUAAACCGAGAAGAGCGCUAAAAAGGGGCAACUACUUCAUGGCUGAAUGCCAUAUAGACGACAAGCCCCCAGGGUCCUCUGGCAUGGAGAAAUCCAUCCUCGGAGACCCAGGGGCAGAUAGUGGGGGCGAGGAAAGUCUAAACAGGCGGGAAAAUAUGGCACAAAAGAAAAGUAAAGAACGGCCAGAAGAGCUCUUCUCGCCGUUCUUUACUUUUCUUCGUGCCUUAUUUUUCCGCACGUUUAGACUUUCCCUCGCCCCCACUAUCUGCCCCUGGGUCUCCGAGGAUGGCAGAGAUCUGCACAGGCGAUAUUAGCAGGCGUCGAUAGGGUAGGGCAUCGGAAGGAAGAGAAACGGAAGGGGAUUUCCCUAUCACGCUUUUCUCUCCUUCCCCUCAGUCCAGUCUUCCCCUGUUUGAAGAGAAUGUGCUCAGUAACUGGUUGCCCUGACUUCCUGGAUAAGGACGAAAAUAUGUAAGCCGCUGCCUCACAGCACCUUCACUGAUCUACCGCAGGAGCCCAUCAAAGAACCCACACUGCUGUUCGACAAGAGUAGGAGAAAUGAUGGUUUGAUACAUGCAGAUAGUGCAGGGAACGGCGCAAAGUCAGUAAAGUGAGCAGGAACAAACUGAGACUUUCUUUUCCCCUUUUUCCCCUCCGCUCUCCCUUUCGUUUUACCCUACGACUGUCUGCACGCUUGAAAAAGGCAAUGGGCGGUGUACGUGGAGAAUUAAGGGUUCUCGGUCAGUUAAAACUCAAGUACUGUUUGAUCUCUUAUCACCGUGUUCAUGGCACCGUGGUAAAUUAUCAAAGAAACCAUAAUAUUUCAUGGCGCAAGACCGUACAAGGAACCCUUAUAUGGCAAGAUGAAUCAAACUUUGCGCUCUGGGAGCAGGCAACUACCUAGAUGCACCGCUCCUGCUAGCCUCCCACGCAGGCAUUUUUAUUAGUGCUCGUUUUUCAUUCCUCCCAAAAACCAUUCCCGACCCCAGUGCUUACAAUUUUUGGGAAUGCGUGUGUAAGCUCUCUGCUCUCUCUUCUCUACAUGCGCUGAAGAGCUCUGGGUCGAGAUUGCCCAAAAACAGGGGCCAUGGGCUCCUGCUGAUGGGCUCCUGCCAAAAACGAAAAACGAGCUGCCCUAAAAACGCCUGCGUGGGAGGCUACGCUCCUGCCAGCAAUAAAUUCAGUUCUGUUUAUAAAUAGCCAUAUAACCAAAUCCUUCACUGACCAAACUUGUACAUUCAAGAUGGCUGGAUACUUUCCUUUCUUGCUUUUUUAUAGACCUCAAAUUGUUAGCCAAACUCUAGCCAUCUUGUUCGAACAAGAGUAGUCAGCGUUUAAUAUCUGUUGCCUUCAGUCCCCCCUUCAGUAUUCUUUCGCAAAUAUGCGUUAUUGUAGCUAACCGGUUCCGUUUUUCUACUUCUAACAGGUCUGAAAACAUUGACAGAUCUGCAACAUAAUUUGGAGUUAAUGCGAGAGGUGACAUGUAUGCUGAAUAACGCGGAUAAUUCACAAAAGCAAAACUAUUUAGAUCUCGCAAGUAAAUGUGGUAUUUCCCCUGAGGUGUACAGAAGUAUACAGCCACCCUGUUCCGAGAGCCCAACUAAACAGGUCUUGGAAGACAUUGUUGGACGGAAGCCAUCGUACACUGUUCAAGAGCUGUUCACUGAUUUGCAGGCAAUGGACCGCUCAGAUGUUGUAGAAGCUAUUUACCGUCAUUUUGUGGAAGCUGAAGAGACCUGA